CAACGAGAUCUGAGCAAAUAUGUGAACUGCAGAGGCAUUACACUACUGUAAGUACCAGGAAGUUUUCAAAUGAGUGUUGCUGAACCGGAUGACUUAGUAGACCCUCAACUUUGAGAUCAACAGGCUGGAUUCCGUAAGGAUAGGUCGUGCACAGACCAAAUUACGACACUACGGAUCAUCGUUGAACAAUCAGCUGAGUGGAACUCAUCAUUAUACAUCAAACUAGACCACCAUCCUUAAAAACCUCCGUAGUUAAUCCAUGUGUACCAGCUGCCCUUCCUCGUUUCAGAUGAGCUAUAGCUUUUUGAACUUCGAUUAGAAUCAGUAGACCUAUUUCACUGUUCCAUUUAGGCUGUCUGGAAAUGCUGGGUAGCUGGAGAUGGCCAGCUGAACUGCUCCUUAAAUUGUUCCACAUAUCUUCUAGAACGAUGUGCGAAACUUUAAGGGAAUAAUAUCUUCAAAUACUAUUCGACUUAAUAAUAAUAGCUGCUUUAUACUCUAUUGUAAGUGCAGAUACAAUUUGGAGAUCACAGCUAAUAAUAUUGCAACAACUAAUCUUUAAAAUCACUGCACACCUUAUUGUAAAAUUGUACGAUUAUCUUCUUGGUAGCACUAGCACAGCUAGAAUGCGUCCAUGUCAGGGACAUGACGUAUACUACUAACUGGCUUCAAUAUUUGAGACUUUCAUCAAUCAAGGGUGCUUACAAGGCGGAUCAAAACGGUUUGUUGCUAAUCGUGAAAACGCUUGGCUUCAUCCCACCUACUUCUAUACAAUUCAACUAUCUGGGAUGUUUUAGUUUUAACUAUUUGCUCAAUUUACACCUGGUAAUUUAAAGUGCGUGUUGCAUAAAAUCUGGCACAAAAGGUUGGAAUAUCCCCUCCGUAUGUGCAUCUUAUUAGUUCUUAUGAUGUUUCGAUCGAUUUGAUAAAACUUUAGUGACCGAAUCCAUAAUUUUCUCAGGGGACUAAUCCUCAAAUCUCAUAUGAUUACCUAUUGAAAUGCAAUAAUGUUGGUCAGGAAAUUAAUGUAUUGACUGAAAAAUAUCCAAAACAUAAGAUAGGAUAAGUAAUGUUUUAUGAUUCUUAGAGAUUUUUAGGUAAUAUUUAACCUGUUUUGUGUCUUUUUUGUAUUCCCAGUUCUUGUGGUUAUUGAUGUCAGUCAUAAGGAGUCACGCGAAGUACUUCAUGAAGAAAUCGUAAAAGCACUACAUUUCUUUAACGAUAAAGAAUCAGUAUUAGUACUAAACAAGGUAAAUAAAAUAUUCCCUCAGUGAUUCGAAGUUUCUAAAAAACAAUAUGAAUUUCAUCGUAUUAUUUCUAUUCGCUCUUUUAAUCAAUAUUACUAUAGAUUGAUAGAUUGUCUAAAAAUCCAACUAGACUAUUGGACAUAACUCGGAAACUUACUGGUGGCAUCGUACGUGGUCGACGUUCACAUAUUGAUAGAUAUGCAUAUCGGUUUAAACGUCAAGCAAAGUUAGCUGACACAGCUCAUCAUCUCAUUCCUCCAAAUGAAUUGAUCGCAGCUAGAUUACCUGCUGUAUGCCACCAAACAACGAAUAAAUUUCUUGUGUAUAUGAAUAAUCUUCUGGCUGAAAUUGAAUCGACACAGGUUGACGUGGAUAUAACAGAUUCUAAGUUGCUACCAGAUAAUAUGGAAGAGAAAAAAUCACUAUCUGAUAGUAAGUGUUAUUCGAAUCCAAUCCUACAUUUUCAAAUACUAAUUUUUAUACUUUGUCGAUUUUUGCGUUUUAUUACUCUAAAAGGCACUACCUCCAUUAUCAUGUACACUUUAGUAUAAUAUUAAGAUAGAAAUCAGCUAAUUUCUCCAGAUUAGUAUUUAUGAUGAUUCAGUUAAAUUAAAAAAGGCUUCGAUCCCCAGGUCAGAUGAGUUUUUUAAGCAGAAUAAACCGACUCUAUCAACUUCUGUUAUACAGUUGUUUUUGACUACCAUCAGUUUCCGAUAGGAACCACUAACUUUGAGUAAAUAUAUUGUUUUAUUGGUGAAAAGGGAUACUAUUGCGCGAUAUUGAAGUAUAACAAAGCCAUAAAAAUCACAUCCUAAUCACUUAGAGAAUAUGUUUAACGUUGUGGCCAAUAUCGUUUCCGAAAUAUUUUGCCUAGUAAUCUUUACAGUCAAUUCUGUUGUUCAGUUUACAUUUCCCGUACACAUAUCAGUUUUAUUAUCAAUCGUCUAAACAGCGACAGAUUAAAUAAUUCAAAAAAUCAUAAGAUAAACAUCUAACUACAAAGUUCAGUAAACUGGAGACAAAUGCAACAAAUUUGAUAUUAACAAAUUGGUCAUUAAUUUAUCAGAUUGAAGUCUAAGUACUUACGAAAUGUUUUUAUUUAAAAAGGAUCUUAAUUUCAAUAUAAAUAGAUAACGAUUAUCACUCCUCAAUAUUGUAACUGCAACUGAACGGGCAUUGAAUUGCCUUUCCAAUGAAACAGAAUGAACUGAAAAAUAAAAUUGUGCCCACUUUAUUACAUAUAAAACCAUACAUUUCCAAUCUAACCGAAGAUGAGUUCUAUGCAUCAAAACAGCUGGGAAAUAACAGGCCAACUAUCAUCACGAGAGCGGAUGAGGAGAACAUGACUUUUGUUUUGAGCAAAUCAGACUACGAGAAGAAGGCCAGUGAACUUCUCAAAGUUAACCCGUACGAGUUGAUCAAAGAAACGAAACUAUGAACCAUACUUAAUAAGCUUAAGACUGUAACGAGCAAAAGCAUACAGUCGAUUAAAAUAAAACUAGGACCGUCAUUAUGGUUCACAUUAUAUCCAUAAAUUUGUAAUCCUUGUAGAUUCUAUGGACUACCAAAGAUUCACAAGAAUAAUACACCACUAAGACCGGUAGUUGAUUUUACAAAUUCACCGACGUAUAAACUGGCGAAAUACUUAGCUAAGAUACUCAAACCAAAUAACAAAUUGGUUGAUCAUGAGAUUAAAAACUGCUGAAUUCAAGAAUAAUAUUGAUAUCAUUAACAUGGAAGAUGAUGAAUUGAUGGCAAGUUUUAAUGUUUCUUCCUUACUUACUAAUGUACCUAUCAAUACAGCAUUGGAUGUUAUUUAUGAUUGUUUAAAAUCUGAUGCAGAUUUGAGUGUACGACUCAUCAACUUCUCCGAUUGUAGCGAAUUUAUCCAUGGAUUCUUUUGAAACCAGUACGAUUACAUGAUGUGUAAAUCCACCCAAAGUUUGGUUAUCGUAUGUAGAUGACAGUUUUGUUACCGUUGAACAAAAUGGUUGGGAAGAAAUAUAUGAAAAUUUAAACAACAUAUCGGAUAGCAUUAAGUUAGCUAAGGAGAUAGGGUCUACUGAAUACAAACUAGCAUUUCUCGAUUGUUUGGUCGAGAAAAGACAUAAUAAUAAGUUAAAAUUUAAUGUAUUCAAGAAAUUAACACAUUCUGGGAGGUACAGUUCAGCUCGUGCUUGCUGUAAUCUGAUUACAGAAAAGGAAGAUCAAUAGACUGAAUUGGACUUAAUAUUGUCUACACUGAGGGCAAACCAUUACUUUAAAGAGUUUUUAAAGAAGAUUGUUAGAAAUGGAAGAAAAACUAAGUUAAAGCGUAUAACAAAAGAAUGGGAGAAUACCGUGAUCAUCCCAUUCCGUAAAGAAAAGAGAAUAAAUUAAGAGGAUUUUAAACAAACGUAAUAUAAGAGUGUAUUUUCGGGCCAGUGGUACUAUAAUAUAUCAGCCUUAAUGAAAUGAUAAAUUUCCAGAGGAAGAACAACAGAACGUUGUCUAUGAGAAUAAUUGUCAUGAUUGUAAUACAGUUGAUUGUAAGGUUGAAGGAACACAAACAAUGCUUGAAACAUGUUCUCAAAUAGUCGGUUGAUUUUAAGAAACUUGAGAAUAGGUCGUGGAUAGCAUUACAUUCGUUAGAAACAGGACACAAGAUGGACUUUGAAAGGACCCAAAUACUUCGGAAAGAGUUUGGCAUGCAUAAAAAAAGACCUACAGCAGAAGCGCUAUAUAUAUGGGCCAACAAGACCGGCCUGAACAAAAAAGGCCGGUAUUCAACUAGUCACCCCUUGGCAAAUAGUCAUUAACAAGUGAUUAGACCCUAACUCUAUCCAGCUUGUUUACUUCUCAUGAACCGUUAUUUUUACAUAAAUGAAUUUGAAUAUUUUGCCAUUACAAUUAUGUAUUUGGUGAUUCUUAUUUUACAUACACAUCGAUGUUUCAAAGACAUUUUCAAUUCACAUUUUUAUUCUUACUUCUAAUAAACAAAAAGCAAAUUAACACUUAAUAUGAAUUAUUAAUAAAUCAAACUCACAAACAAACAAGCAUAAUAUCCCACUUACUAAAGUCAGGAUCUGAAUAUGAUUGGAUGAGCACAGUAUAGAUUUAAUUUGACUGUUGAAUAUUAAAUAUUCUUUGAUAAUUUUGAUUAUUACCUUGCCGAAGUCCAGACAAGUCUACUAGACGAACCGUUGGAUUAUUUCAAAUGUAAUUUUCACAAAUAAUGGCUUCUCUAUACUCGGUGUUCAAUUUUUGUCAAACUACUCAUUCUAAUAUUGACGGAUACUGGCAUAAAUUUGUCUUGUUUUGUCCCUGUUUAUGGUUCGUCGAUUUUGAUUUCACUUAACCUAACAUUGUAUUAUUGCGACCACACAUGUCUUUGCGUACCAAAUGUCUCCUAACCAUGUGCUUGUGGAUAAACUGACGUACAUAUAAUGCAAUUUUCGUUAGCUAUGAAUUUAUUUCAACUUCGGGAUUACUUAAUACAGUAGUCUCGAGUGCUGUUAGAGGUGUCACAUAUUGUUAGUUGUGCUAAGAUGUCAGUGGUUCGUAAUAAUUUAAUGGUUUUAUUUGAGAUGUAUAGUUUGGCUUGAGUCACCAACUCCUUCACACUGUAUGUCAGAUAACUGACUGCUAUUACGUGUGCCAAGCUGUUGUUUAGUAAUUAGUGUUCCCUGUGGGGUUGUUACAAAUAACACAUGUUCGGAAUCAUAAAUUGGGCGUUUUGAAUCCAUACCACGCCAGAAUUCCCAGUUAUUUCGUUUAUAGUCUUGAAAUGUUGGUUUAUGUACUAACUAAAAUUAUGUCUCCUGGUUUACAGUGCUUACAUGUUUUCAUUGAUCAUGUUUGCAAUCAUGACUGGAUCUGAUGUUAAGUGGUUGGGUAGCAAACGUUGGAUGACUCAACUUCGUUUAUAUUUCAACAAUAUAAGUAUUCAUUUAAGGACGUUUCUUCAACUUCAAGUGAACUGAUGUUUGCUCAGAUAUUCAUACUCAUGUAACUCACUGAUUGGUUAGAUAACUUUGUAUUUGACCAAUCGGCUUACAUUCAUAUUAUUGUGUAUGCCUUUUAUAUGGAUGAUGUGAUUUGAUGCAAAUGUAAAAUGCGACUGUUUCAUUUUUUAAAAAAUAAUCGAGGCUUCAAGUCUAAGCAAAGAAGGCUUUAAUCAAAGUGGUAAUUUUAUUUGACUUGUUACGCUGGAUGAGGAUGUGAAGGUACUUUUGAAACUCGAUUAAAUCAUUCAGUGAGUUUCAGGGGGAUUAAAUCAAUAAUGUUCUCGAGUAUGUGGAGAAUAUUUCUUGAUGAUUGCUUUCAGUGAAUUUGGGAAACGAAUGUAUUUUGGUAUAGGUCUCGGUCCAUGUUAUGCUACCUGAUCAAACUCAGCAUAUAUGUUCAUAGUGAGCUAUUUAUAUAUUUGACCUGGUCUCUAUCUAGCUGCCUUCGGCAACCUAAAAAAUGUUUUAAGUAGUUGAUUCACCUAAGUUAACUGGAAUACCAUGUCUAAAUGGUAAUUACUUUGUUUAUCACCUUUCUUUUAGGAUUGCGUUUGGUGGAUGUUUUGUUUGAAGGAAAGGAAUCUAGAAAAUUUCAAAGUUUCCUCGUUCGUUGAUUAUAUUACACUGUAGUCUCCUGUCAUAUUAAAUCUAAUGAACAACUUGCGUACGUACACUUCGAUCUCACUAAUGCUCAUUAUUGCCUUUAAUAGCUCUGUUUGAUAGCAGGUGUUCGGAUUUUUGAAGAGCUUACUAAUUUUUUACAUAGGUUGUGACUGUUUUAUAUUUAUAAAUCAAUUUUCGUCAAUGCUAGUUGAUUCCCCAGUAAUAUCUAUUAUUAAAUACAAUCCGGCGUAAACCAUGUAAUGUCGUACUGGUGGCUACAUCAUGAUAAUGAGCCAUAAGUAUUGAUUUAUUUUUAUUUCUUUUGAUUUUAGCCUUCCUAGAAGAUCGUUUUUUAACUGAAAUGGAAAAAAAACACAGGGAUACAUUUUUUGAUUGCCAUAACAUACCGGGAAAUGAUAAAUUAAUGCCUUCAGAUAGUCAAGGCCUUGAUAAAUCAAAGACUGAAAUCAACCAACAUCUUUUGAACACAUGUGGUGAAUCGAAUCGAAUUCUGAAUGCAAACAGUGAUUCAGAACAUAUAGAUUCUAUGUUGGAGACGUUAAAACAACAAUUAUUACUUCAAACAGCAUCACCUGAGGAAGUUUGCAAUCGUCGAAGUCGUUGGUUAGAAAUAACAAAAUCAACUAAAGGGGUUACAAAGUGGUUAGGUUUCAGCGAGGUUUUCAUGGUCUCUUCGUUUAUAGGCGAUGGGAUAGACAAAUUGAGGGUGAGUUAUAGAUAUAUACAAUGUUUAGUAUUAAGUUGGUAUAUAUUUGUUGUGAUUCUACCCAACUGAAAAUUAUUCAAGAAAAUGAACUAUUGAGCUUGUAUAAGGUUUUGAAACUCUUACUAUAAUAACAAUUAGAAUUAGUUUACUUCUAUUUCUAAGUUACUGGUUUUUACAGAUAAAAUAGGAAAAAUUCUUACGUUUUACAAUAGGACUUCCUUGUAUCCAAAGCUUUACCGACUCGCUCUUGGAUCCUACCUCCAACAAUUAUAACUGAUCAAGAACCAAGUGAACUCAUACGAAUGUGUGUAUGGUCACACUGUCUCAACAAAUUACAACAAGAAAUUCCAUACUCGUUGCAUAUUAUUGUAGAUGAUUGUGACAAAAUUAAACUGGACAGUGGUGAUGAUCGAGUAUACGUUCACGUCCGCAUACAAUGUAAAAAUGAACGUCAGUUAGUAAGUUUCUGCCAAUAGUUUAUUAUUAGUUGUGUCUUAAAUUAUUGUCUAGUAUUAUAAAUCUGUUAUAAAUUUAGAUAUAUAUGUGACCACAGUCUGCGCUUUUCUGAUCGAAUAUUCAUAAACAAUUAAUAGACCCUAACUUUACAGACCGAUAUUGUUUUAUGUGUGUUAACUGGUUUGGUCUUACGUGUACUCAGUGCAUGCACUUCACAUUAUGUAUGUAUUACAUUGGGGAUAUAUUUAAGGUCACUGGGAUGACAGUUAGCUGACAAAAUGUCCUCCAUCUAGUAGAAAUCAAUCUAAACUGUUAUACAACAAAACUAAAUAAACCACACAAUAAAACGUUACUGAAAAAGAUGAUGGAGUAUACAGAUAUCUAUUUUAUUAAGGCAUUUCAUUUUGAUUAUCACCCAGAAAUCAACGACACAUUUUGUUAAUAACAGUUCGGGACCUCGUAGUAAAGUAGAAAAAAUGAUUCUUUUAUCAUGGAUUUUAUCUUUAAUUUCCUCAACCAAUAUUUAAAUAAUAAUUUUUACUCACUAAUAAGUAAGAUAUUCAUGUCCACAAAUGGAGCAGUUCCAGGAAUCUAUUUUUCGAAGUGUGGGUUGGUAGUUAACACUUAAGUCACUCAGUCAGUCAGCAACAACGUAGGACCACGCACAUAUACGCAUCGGUCCAAGUUGCCACACCUCAUUAGCACAACAAGAUGAACACCAAAUUCAUAGAAGUAGUCACUUCAAUGGUAGUAAUAUAUAAAAGAAAGGUUGCACGUAAUGAUAUAAAACAGGGAGAAAGAAUUAAUUUGUAGAAAGAAAGAUAUGAAGCGAUUUUAAUCUCAUGGUUUGAGAGAAGACGAAGAAUGUAUACACCUACGCCAUUGUGAUCGAUUCUGAGCCAUGUCACCUAGAGUCUCCAACCACUGGUUACGAUAUUCGCGUGGACACCAACCAAGUAGUCUACAUCUACCAACAUGGCUCAGACCAGAAGUUAGUGACUUCAAGCGCUGAUGCCACGUUUUGCUUUGGCCGCCCCCAACUUUCUUCCAACCAUCCCCAACACCGGUUAGCAUUGCGCGUCGUGGUAAUCGGUGUUCAGGCAUACGCAACACGUGACCCAACCAUCUCAGUCGAUGAAGAUUCACAACCUCAUCAACUGAUUUACCAUCAUUCCCCAAUACCCUACGUCUAACCUCACUAUUACUUACCCGGUGAGCCCAGCAGAUACCAGUAUUAUUUCUAAAACAUCUGUUGUCAAAUACUAGUAGCUUACGAGUAUCUUCUACCCUCAAUGGUCGCGUUUCGCAGCCGUAAAGUAGAACAGAUCGAACUGCUGCUCAGUAUACUCGUCCCUUAAUUGAGAGACGGAUAUCUCGGAAAUUCAGUCGACGAGGCUAGUCCUGGAGCAACAAUUCGCAAUUAGAGCGAGAGAAACGCAUCACAAACAUCCUGGGCAUUUUAUCAGCGUCUUCACCAAACCGAACUAUAUCAUUGCGUAUUCUAAGUCGAUAAACGAACCUCCUGGUAGGAGAUCAAUUCCCGAAAAUUCAGUCAACGAGAACAUUGUUUCCAUCAGUAGGUCUAUGAUGAAAUUGAACAAAAAUGGAGAUAGUGGACAGCCUUGACGGACACCACUUGAGGUUGAAAAAUCAGAUGACAGUUCGCCAUAACCUCUGACUAAACUGGUAGUGUUCGAGUAAAGAGCCUUCACAAGGUUUAUGCACUUCUUAGCUACACCUUUCAAUGACACACACUGCCACAGAACCUCUCGGUCUACAGAGUCAAAUGCUGCUUUUAAGUCAAGAAAGACCACCAUUGUCGGACGCCGAUAAGCAUGCCUGUGUUCUCAAACCUGACGAAUGGUGAAUAUGUGGUCUAUGCAGCCACGACCAUGUCUGAAGCCAGCUUGAUUCUCUUGUGUUUGCAGUUCACGAGUCUUAGCUAGGUGCCUGAUAAUUAUCGAGGCUAGUAUUUUAGAUACUAUAUUAGUUAAACUAAUCCCUCUAUGGUUAUCACAGAAUGAUUUUAACCCUCUCUUAUGUAUUGGGACAAUCAGUGAUUGCAACCAGUCAGAUGCGAUUACGUCCAACUCCCAGAUUUUAUCUAAAAUAUUACUUAGCCUAAUAGCUAAAAUUGGACUACCACACUUAAAGACCUCUGGAGCCAAUCCAUCUGGACCAACUGCUCUUCCUCGUUUCAGAUUAGCUAUAGCCUCUUGAACUUCAGUUAGAGUUGGGGGACCUACUUCAAUGUUCCAUUCAGGCUGUCUGGGAAUGUUGAGUAGAUGCACAGGGUAGCUGAGGACCAGCUGAACUGUUCUCCGAAAUGUUCCGCUCAUCAUUCUAGACGUCUGGACUGGGAGCAGAUAAAAGUGUCGUCUUUUUCCGAAAUAGUCUGACUUACACUUGACUCAUUAAUUGCAGUUUCUUUUAUUAGUAUGUAGAGCUGUCUUGUGUUCCCUAUAGCCGACACCUUUUCCAUCUUUUUGCUUUCGUUGCCCACCACUGCUCACGGUCGUUUCUUAGACUUUUUCUUAACCUAGACCCGAUUUGUUUACGCUGUUUAUCGAGUUCAGAACCGUGAUGGGAUGAGUUUGCGAGAAUCCAUCAGUGCAAUAGACCUUGACGAAAUCCAUUGAUUCUUUGUAACCCUGUGGUUUAAAUCACUAAUAGAUGUCACUGCUGUUUCCACAGCUACUUGUAUAUCUUUCCAAGAAACAUCUGAGUCAGCCUCGUUUUCAGGACUACCUAAGUGUGGCCUCAGUUGUUCUUAGAUUCUACUUUUGGUUUUCUCGCUACUCAAUUCAGCUCUGUGUCUUUUUAGUUUGGCUUUUUUGCGCCCAGUGAGGCACAAGCAGAUGCGUGCCCGCAUUAGUGCAUGGUCGGAGUCCAAGCAGGUACUCCAGAAUGAGCGACAAUCUUAUACCGACCCUCUCCAACGAUGACUGAUGGCAAUAUGGUCUAUUUGAGUCCAUCUUUGGUUUGGUGUAGGGGGUCGCCAUGUUAGACGAUGUCUCUCCUUAUGCUUAAAAUUUGUGUUUGCUAAAAAUAAACGAUUGUCUGAGCACAGUUGCAGCAGACGAUCACCGUUAUCUGUUUGCUGAGCCAUGAUACUAAAAUACCCACCUAAAUGGUAGAAAUGACGAAAAGACAACGACGUGUGUCCCUAUCCUUCCGAGUUCUUACGGAGCCGCUUAGCCGAACAGCACAUAAACGACUGUUAACGGGAAUCCACUCUAAUAGUGCUUGUUCCGCCCUCAUGCUUAGUGCUAUGCCUAUACCUGCCAGUCCACGAGAAUUGGCCGUCGGGUCACUAGAUAGACGGAGGGUGUACCUACUUGGCUCUACGUUUUGCCGAGGUGAGGUCGACUGGCCACACUAGGGUCCUGUAUGCGUGUUUCAGAGACACAGCAUACAUCAAUGGUACGAGAUUCUAGAGUUCUAGCCAAGAAAGCCUGUUGACCGAUUUGACAUAGGGUGCGUACGUUGAAGACUCCAAUGUGUAGUUUGGAGCGAGGUUUCAGUAGACCUGAGACAGUGUUUCGCGCACUAGAAUCGUUGGCUAUGGUGACACUUGAGGAGGAAGCCGAAAGAGGAAGUUUAGAGUUGAAAGUCGAUGUAGGAGGAAUAAUAGGAAUUGAAGAGGGAGGUUUAUUAUGAAUACAGUGGUCUUGAGUGCUGUUAGAGGUAUGAGGGCGGUUAUCACUUCCCGGUUGCCCACACCGUGGAAGGGUUCUUCUGGAGGUAUCUGGAAAGGAAAUUAGAUUAGAGGUGGUCAUAUUGACCUGAGAGCGUGACAGCGGUCCCCAAGGGACAACUGCCUGAGGUCGGUCACACACGACCUUUUUAUGAAUAAUUUUUGUGUUAGCUCCGUACUUGUUGAGACCUUACCGCCGGAGACGGAUAUCCGUGGGAUAAGGCGAGGUGUACAUUUUUAGGGUCGACCUUUUCUAACCCCACCCCUCCUUGUGUGAAGGCAGCAUCGCUGUCAUGCUGGUUGUCUGAAGGAAACACCUUACUGCUGUCACACCUCUGUACAGUCAGCAGUACGACUUCGCCCUCAGACCUUGAGUUGCUGCUUUUAGUCUUACCGUUCUCCAGUCGACCUGUCUGGCAUGGUAGAACCUACAGGAACAUAUGUUCCAGCCAAUAUAGUUCGGUUGGGUCAUCACGAUAGACAAGCCCGACCACCACGUCACGGUAGCAAUACCGUUUGGUCACUGAUGUAUUCGGUUAGCCUCAACUUAUCGAUUAUAAAAUAUGAGGUGUCCUAGCCAUGACAUUCAUCUGAAUUGUCUUAAUUCUGAUGUAUAAUUUAGUUCACUACCCCUCACUUUUUUCGUACAUACCAUUUAGUAAUGUUGAGAGCGGUAAGGUUUUCAGUUAUAUGACCAUCAUUUUGGUUCUUUAUUUUAACAAAUUGUAGUUAGGAAAGCUUUUAUCCUGAAACUUCACGUAUCAUCAUUUCAUAUGGCUUUCUGUUUACAGUCGUAAAGUUCUUUCCAGGAAAUCAGUCAGUCAGCUACAACGUAGGACCAGGCACAUUUAUACAUCGGUCCAGGUUGCCAUACCUCAUUAACACAACAAGAUGGACACCGGAUUCAUAAAAGUAGUUAAUUCAGAGGUGGUAAUAUAUAAAAGAAAGAUUGCAAUAAGGAUAUUGUACAGGAAGAAAGAAUUAAUUUGUAGAAAGAAAGAUAUGAAGCGAUUUUAAUCUCAUGGUUUGAGAGAAGACGAAGAAUGUAUACACCUACGCCAUUGCGAUUGAUUCUGAGCCAUGUCACCUAGAGUCUCCAACCAUUGGUUACGAUAGUCACGCGGACCCCAACCAAGUAGUCUGAAUCUACCGACAUGGCUCAAACUAGAAGUUAGUGACUUCAAGCGCUGAUGCCACGUUUUGGUUUGGCCGCCCCUACAUUUCUUCCAACCAUCCCCAACACCGGUUAGCAUUGCACGUCGUGGUAAUCGUCAGACACCAACUCAUUAUGGCUGAUCAGACUCCCAAGAUAAGUGAAGUUGUCAACGCGUUCGACUACUUCACUCCCUAUUCUUAGUUCAGGUGUUGACGCAGGCCAGUCCUGAAGCAACAAUUCCAGGAAAUACGAAACCUCGAAUUCAGUAUUUGAAUAGCCUACGUACAACUAGUGCCAAACAGAUGUGAUUUAUACCGUAGAGUACUAACCUUACUUCUAUUUGAAUACUAUAGUAUUUCAAAUUCGAUAGUGCUUAUUAAAAUCACCGAUCCGUCAAGUACCUCCAAAAAUAUGGUGACCCGUCUCAGUCACCGUAUAUGCUAACAACCGGUCUUAUGUACUGGUAUAUUGCAUAGCAAAAUGAAUUCAUCUAGUAGCUCAGUGGGUGAGUUGUUAGGCUUCUAACAACUACGGUCUAGAUGCGAACCCCGCUUUAACUGGUUCGCUUUGAGCAGCCGGGUAAUAUCAUUAUCCUCCACACUUACUGUGGGGCUCACACUUGAGCUUAUUCAUUUUAUUGUUUUAUUUUGUAUAUUAAUAAGACGUGAUAUCUUCAACAUAAAACCUACUAUAUGUUCCGUACGAGGUUAUUGAAUUCGAUUUUUUUAAUAUUUGAUAAUCUUGUUUGUAUUCAAUUAUAAAUUGUUAUUAUGUCAAUUCGGAUUUUGUGAACAUUUCACAAUAUUCGAAUGGUUCUCAUUGGAAAUAUAAAAUGUAUAAUGGUUAAUUUUGCUUUCUAGUUAAGUGUUUUAGGUAUGAAAGGAAAUACGAUAAAGGAGAUUUCAAGCGCUGUUAAACUGGAGCUCAUGACAAUGUUUAGAUGUAAUACGGUUGUAAAAAUAACUGCCGAGUUAUCCAAAAUCGACUCGAACAUAAAAAAGAAGCUUUGCCGCGCCCAAGAUUUUUCCGAGGUUUUUCCAGUAAAUGACAGACCGGGGUAGUUUAUUUUGGAGUUUCAUUUGUAAAUACUUUGUUUUCCUUAUUCUUUUUAACUACGUUAUUUCACUUUGUACAACAGUAAAAAUCAAUGAAUUUGAUGAGAUUGAUUAAAACAGUUUUCGCAUUGUAAUUCGUAUAGUAUGUGAAUUUAGUUUCCGUAUCGUAGGGUUACUUACUUAUUACAGUACAACGCCAUCUUCUUGUCUGUAAAAUUUUUUUAAGCUUUAUAAUAUUCAAACAUCAAGUCAUGCAAUUAUGUUAGCGCCAGGAUUAGUUGGUUGAGUCGUAAAAGUGAACGUGUUGUCACACUAUGUGUCACAUUCAUCUGAAUAACUUUCAGAAUCAAAUAAAGUCGAAAGACUCUUGACCUUUCGAAUUAUCUAUGUAUAGGCAUAUAUAAAUCAUAAGUGGUUUCGCAAUGGAUAUUAAUUAGCUUCAGUGAAAACUCACAUUCAAGGUGAUAAACUCAACAACAAGCAAUUAUAAAUGCGAAUGAGCACAAAAGUAAUCAGUUUAAUACGACACAACGGAUAUACUUACCACUAGAAAUGUAUCAACCAAUAAAAGAACAUUUAGUUUGCCAACCGAUGAAUACAAGGAAUCACUGAAAAAUUAUGCGAUAAAGAACUAUUUUUUCGUGAGUAAUACAGUUGCAAUAUAUGAACCUUACUGGUACUGGACUGGAAAUAUCUGUAAUGACUAAGGUAUGCGUUGUAGUCGCCCAGCUUUAAGUAGAUUUGUAGUAAUAAUUCAUACACAUGUAGUUUCUGUUUGUUGGUUCGCCACCAUAGUUUGGGUUGAUGUUGUUUAUGUCGUGGUGUAGAGACAGUUUUCUCGCGACCUGGCUUUUCUUCAGUCACGUAGAGGUUAACUUAACUCCAAAAGCAUGGAAAAAUAGUCAUGAGGCUACGUGACAUGUUUCCGCGCUACACAAAUAAAUCACAGAUAUAUGAACGAAGAAUAUUUUUGUAGUACCAGCGAAAUGUCACAGUCCUCUCCAAAUCAUUCGGCAGUUGGAUCACCGAAUGUUGGACAAUUCACUGACCCUCUUCAGGGUCAAGGACAACGAACGCGCGUCAGUUAAUCGCACGCCACGGACAGUCCCGUGAGGUUGUGGUCGCACUGUUUCCUGAACCGACGUUUGCUAACAUUUCUGCAAUAACGUCAUUUGUGUUUUACGAUCAUCAAAGUAACUGUAGUACCUGGAUACGACGGAGGGGUGAUCUACGUUAGGUGCUGACCGUAAGGUGUUACUUCGAAGUUAGCUGCUGGUCACACCAUUUCCGUCUAACGUGAGUAGGCCCACAAUCACUCGACAUCGAUCAUCUACGUUGGUGAUCUACACUGGCGAGCCUGACGUGAACAAGACUUCGAAAAACGCAACCUAUUAUUAUAAUUUUUGAUUGUAUUCUGUACUUAUUCUCUUUAAUUUCUAUCGCCACAUAAGUUAGUCAAUUACUGUGAACAUUCGUUGCUUUAUAUCAAUGUUGAUUAGUAAGUAACUAGUUCAAUCGAUAAAACUAACCAUUAAACUACGAUUAUAAUCGGCUAUCGUAGUUCUUCAACAAGCAUUAGCAGAAUAUAAGUGCUCCUGUGUAAUAUGUCUGCUAAAAUAUCAACCACUCGUAAAUAUAGCUACAAGGCACCACGAACGCACAUCUGUUUGUAACUUCUUCACUUGUAUAAGCAAGACAGGAUUAAAUAUCUGUUAAACUAUUCACUAACAUGUUUUACUUACAUCACCAUUGCGUGCCUUAUUUCCUAUUGCUGAGUUCUAUGGUCAAACAGAAGAUACGAAUGCCAGAAAUUUACGAUGAGUUU